CUCACAGUUCCUCAAAACUGCUCAGCGCUGAGAGCAAGCUCACAGCCAGGAAGACAACCGGGAGCCCAACCAGCCCCGAGGUCCCUCUCACUCCCCCCACCAUGGAUCUGCAUCUCUUUGACUACACGGAGCCAGGGAACUUCUCUGACAUCAGCUGGCCAUGCAACAGCAGCGACUGCAUCCUGGUCGACACGGUGCAGUGCCCCGCCAUGCCCCACAAAAGCAUCCUGCUCUACACGCUCUCCUUCAUUUACAUUUUCAUCUUCGUGAUCGGCAUGAUCGCCAACUCUGUGGUGGUCUGGGUGAACAUCCAGGCCAAGACCACAGGCUACGACACCCACUGCUACAUCUUGAACCUGGCCAUCGCGGACCUGUGGGUGGUCAUCACCAUCCCGGUCUGGGUGGUCAGCCUGGUGCAGCACAACCAGUGGCCCAUGGGCGAGCUCACCUGCAAGGUCACGCACCUCAUCUUCUCCAUCAACCUCUUUGGCAGCAUCUUCUUCCUCACGUGCAUGAGCGUCGACCGCUACCUCUCCAUCACCUACUUCACCAGCACCUCCAGCCGCAGGAAGAAGAUGGUGCGCCGCAUCGUGUGCGUCCUGGUGUGGCUGCUGGCCUUCUGCGUGUCUCUGCCCGACACCUACUACCUGAAGACCGUCACGUCCGCUUCCAACAACGAGACCUACUGCCGGUCCUUCUACCCCGAGCACAGCAUCAAGGAGUGGCUGAUCGGCAUGGAGCUGGUCUCUGUUGUCCUGGGCUUCGCCGUCCCCUUCUCCAUCAUCGCUGUCUUCUACUUCCUGCUCGCCAGGGCCAUCUCGGCAUCCGGCGACCAGGAGAAGCACAGUAGCCGGAAGAUCAUCUUCUCCUACGUGGUGGUCUUCCUGGUGUGCUGGCUCCCCUACCACGUGGUGGUGCUGCUGGACAUCUUCUCCAUCUUGCACUACCUCCCCUUCACCUGCCAGCUGGAGAANCAGUUGGUGCCCAGUGACUGGUGGCUGGGCAUCUGUGCUCAGGGCCAGCGGGAGCCUCCCUGUCUGCUCCUUGCCCCACUUUGGACGGCAACCGUCUCUCUGCCCCACAUCUGCCACGUGGUGCCCCCACCCCUGAGGGGGGAGAGGGUGUGGCCGGAGGGUGGCCUGCCUGUCUUAGUGAAACUCCAGGCCGGAGGGCAGGGCCAGAAGCCAAAGGCUGGAUCAGAGACCCCAGCCUUCCCAGUGCCCACCUCUGCUCUGGCCUGGGGUAUACGGGGUUGGAGCUGCCAGGUGCAGGGGAUGAGUCAGAGAUGA